GGGCACACGGGUUCGUGCCCCGGUCCGGGAAGAUCCCACAUGCCGGGGAGCGGCUGGGCCCGUGAGCCAUGGCCGCUGAGCCUGCGCGUCCGGAGCCUGUGCUCCGCAACGGGAGAGGCCACAACAGUGAGAGGCCCGUGUACCGCAAAAAAAAAAAAAAAAAAAAAAGAAUAUACACGUUGUUGAGCAACCAACCAACCUCUGGACGUUUUUCAGCUUGCAAAACAAAAACUCACUUCCUCCUCCCUCCAGACCCUGGAAACCACCUUUCUACUUUCGGAUUCUAUGAAUUUGACUACUCUAGUUAGCUCAAAUAAGUGAAGUCAAUAUUUGUCUUCUCGUGACUGGCUUAUUAAACUUAGCAUAAUGUCCUCAGGGUUUAUCCAUGUAGCAUGUGUCAGAACUUCCUUCCUUUUUAAGGCUGAAUAAUAUUCUACUGUAUGCAAAUAUCACAUUUUGUUUAUUCAUCCACCAAUGAACAUUUGGGUUGCUUCCUCCUUUUGGCAAUUGUGCACAAUGCCGCUGUGAAUUUACAUGAAGUUUUAUACCCUACUUUUUACUUUCCAUUGUAAUAUCUAGGUAUAAACAUAUAUAAUUUUUUCCAGGUUGAUAUAUAGCCUCCAUAAUAAUCUUUCUUUCUCUGUUUUAACAGCAACAUGGUAGUCCUUCAAACCCAUAUUCUUAAAUCUUUUCUACAGUUGGACAUUAGAAAUGUUUCCAGUUUUUCCCUCACUGCUGAUAAAAAUUUUGUACCUGUGAUAUUCCCCCCAUAUUUUACUUUAUAUUCUUAGAUUCCUACAAAGUGAAAUUACUAGGUUUAAAAGAUAUGGACAUUUUAUAACUUGAAAGACAGGAGAUUUGGGGGGGAGAUAAAUAAGGAGUUUGGGAUUAACAUAUAUGCACUACUAUAUAUAAAACAGGUAAACAACAGGGACCUACUGUAUAGCACAAUGUUUUGUAAUAACCUAUAAUGAAAAAGAAUCUGAAAAAUUAUAUAUAUAAGUACAUAUAUAUAUAUAGCUGAAUCACUUUGCUCUUGAAACUAACACAACAUUGUAAAUUAACUAUAUGUUAAUUAAAAAAAAAGAACUUCUUCCAAAGGAAAGAAAAAAAGAAAGACAAGAGAUAGAAAGCCAAAUUGCUUUCUAAAAGAAUUGUAUCUAUUUGCACACUAAUAGUGUAUAUGAAUUUACAUUUCCCCAUAUUCACACCAGCUUUUUUUUUUUUAUUUUUCUGGCUGUGCUGCACAGCAUGUAGGAUCUUAGUUCCCCAACCAGGGAUUGAACCCCUGCCCCCGCCUAAGUGGAAUCAUGGAGUCUUAACCAUUGGACCGCCAGGUAAGUCCUUAUUUAUUUAUUUAUUUUUUACAUUAGAAAAUUAAACAGGAGGAAGAUAAGGGCUCAUUUCUUUUUUCUUUUUUUUAAAAUAUUUAUUUAUUUAUUUGGCUGCACUGGGUCUUAGUCGUGGCACACAGGAUCUUCAUGGUGGCAUGCGGGAUCUUUAUUUGCAGCAUGUGAACUCUUAGUUGCAGCAUGCGGGAUCUAGUUCCCUGACCAGGGAUUGAACCUGGGCCCCCUGCAUUGAGAGCGCAGAGUCUCAGCCACUGGACCACCAGGGAAGUCCCAAGACCUCAGUUCUGUUUGAUAGACAACACUGUGAUUAUUAACAGUGAUGGGCAUUUAUGAGAACACUCCAAACUUGGCCAGCCUGUGAAUACUAGCAUGGUUACAGUUAACUGAGAUAUAUAUAAUGUAUAAUAUAUGCAUAUAGUAGAAACAUGUCUGCUAUGUAGUGGAGGGCUCAGUAAAUGAGAGCUAUUAUUAUUGGUGCUAUGAUUUCUAUUAAUGCCCGAAGUAUGAUGAUUCUUAGCCAGUACAUGGUCUCUCAGGCCCUCUGCUCCUCUAAACAAGGGAUCCCCAACCCCUGGGCCACGGACCGGUACCUGUCUGUGGCCUGUUAGGAACCGGGCUGCACAGCAGGAGGUGAGCAGCAGGCAAGUGAGUGAAGCUUCAUCUGUAUUUACAGCCGCUCCCCAUUGCUCGCAUUAUCACCUGAACUCUGCCUUCUGUCAGCAUUAUGAUAACAGGUGGCAAUAAAUCCAUCAGCACAUCCACUUUCAGAGAAGAGUCCUGGCUGAACUGCUAACAGCUGCCAAUACCUCACUGAGUACCUUGUACAAGGUGAGCUCUAAGUGAGUUUCACUUGUCUGGGCAGAAUUUCUCCCAGAUCCUCCUUAAAAUCCUGGCAGAGGAGCCACCCCUGGCACCCUCAUCAUGCUCAGGGCAGUUUUGGACGUUCCUCAGUGGUUGCUGAAGAAGGGGAGAGAGUCCCGGAAGCUGGUGUUGCUGGUGGUGUUUGUCGCUCUACUCCUGGACAACAUGCUGCUCACUGUGGUGGUGCCCAUUGUGCCCACCUACCUAUAUGCCACAGAGUUCAAAGUCAACACUUCUGUGUACCCUGGGCCCACCACAGCUUCCCAGCCUGCCCUCACUUCUACCUUUUCCACCAUCUUCUCGUUCUUUGAAAACAACACCUUGGCUAUUGAAGAAAGUGUGCCCAGUGGCAUAGCAUGGACAAGUGACACUCCCAGCACCAUCCCCGCUCCGGUCACUGAAGCCAUCCCAGCCCAUGAAAACAACUGCUUUCAAGGCACAGAGUUCUUGAAGGAAGAGAACCUAUGGGUUGGGCUUCUGUUUGCUUCCAAGGCUCUGAUGCAACUUCUGCUCAACCCAUUCGUGGGGCCUCUCACCAACAGGAUUGGAUAUCACAUUCCCAUGUUUGCUGGCUUUGUUAUCAUGUUUAUCUCCACAGUUAUGUUUGCUUUUUCUGGUACCUAUACCCUGCUCUUUGUGGCCCGAACUCUUCAAGGCAUUGGAUCUUCAUUUUCAUCUGUUGCAGGUCUUGGGAUGCUGGCAAGUGUCUACACUGAUGACUGUGAGAGAGGGCAGGCCAUGGGAAUUGCCUUGGGGGGCCUGGCCUUGGGAGUGUUAGUGGGAGCUCCAUUUGGAAGUGUGACAUAUGUACUUUGGGGGAAGAUUGUACCCUUCCUCAUCUUGGCCUCCCUGGCACUACUGGAUGGAGCACUCCAGCUUUGCAUCCUACAGCCUUCCAAAGUCUCUCCUGAGAGUGCCAAGGGGACUCCUCUCCUCACACUUGUCAGAGACCCAUUUAUCCUGGUGGCUGCAGGCUCCCUCUGCUUUGCCAACAUGGGGGUGGCCAUGCUCGAGCCCACACUGCCCAUCUGGAUGAUGCAGACCAUGUGUGCCCCUGAGUGGCAGCUAGGUCUAGCUUUCUUGCCUGCCAGUGUGUCCUACCUCAUUGGCACCAACCUCUUUGGUGUGUUGGCCAACAAGAUGGGUCGGUGGCUGUGCUCCCUCAUUGGGAUGGUGGUAGUAGGUACCAGCUUGCUUUGUAUUCCUCUGGCUCGUAAUAUUUUUGGUCUCAUUGGCCCCAAUGCAGGGCUUGGCUUUUCCAUAGGCAUGGUGGAUUCCUCUAUGAUGCCCAUCAUGGGACACCUGGUGGACCUGCGCCAUGCCCCGGUGUAUGGGAGUAUCUAUGCCAUCGCUGACGUGGCUUUUUGCAUGGGCUUUGCUAUAGGCCCAUCCACUGGGGGUGCCAUUGUGCAAGCCAUUGGCUUCCCCUGGCUCAUGGUCAUCAUCGGGGUCAUCAACAUCAUCUACGCUCCUCUCUGCUACUACCUGAGGAGCCCCCCAGCCAAGGAGGAGAAGCUUGCAGUUCUGAGCCAGGACUGCCCCAUGGAGACCCGGAUGCAUGCAGCCGAGAAGCACAUGAGGGAAUUUCCUCUGGGGAAGGACAGCGAUGAGGAGCCUGGCUGUGAGGAGUAGCAGCAGAAACUGGUCCCUGGACCUUGUCACGUGAGGCUCAGACUUCAGUGACCGCCUCGUUCCCUGGACGCGGAUCUCCACGGGCUGUUCUUCACUUCUCUCUCCCCUGGUGUCUCCUUUCCCCUCCCUCCCAUGCAUGCUGUUUCCUGGUUCUCUCCUCACUUGUGUCACCUCUAGCUCUCCCUCUAAGCUUUGAUGCCUCAGCUAGCCCACCUUUGGUGGGAGGACAGAGUGAUGCUUCCUCCUCGGUUUCUGUAAGGCGGUGUGGGUUCUGCGAGGGGUGACUCAUUUCACAGAGGCGGCAGUGAGCGGUGUUCCCUGACACCAGUGGGGUGGCUGACAAAACUCAUUUCAUCUGUUAUCUGAUUUUCUUUGGCACCUUCCCAACAGACUAUAAGAGUUUUGUCCUCUGUUGCUCGACAUGGCCCUCCCUGACUUUUCCCAGAUGAGUUGAGAGAGUGUCCUCAACCUUGUAUUGCUGCCACAUCGCCAGUUUGGGAAAUGUUUGCCUGGUUUUUAUAAGCUGAGUAUUUUCUCUGUGGCCAGACCUACAGCUGCUGAAGUGAGUCUGCCCUCGGUGAAAGGAGGUCUCCUAUUUUCCUCAUUACUGAAUGGAAAGGAAAAGAGCCUGCCUGUCUUAUGCUUGAGUUACUGACUUUCUCAUGAUUUCCCCUGUGGGUUUUGUCUACCUUUCCUUAAAUUUCUUAGAUUCUUAGAAAUAAAUGUAGGAGGACAGAAAACACAGUCUAUGAGCGCUAAGAUUUCAUGGGAACAAGGGUAAAGCAACUGUCCUGGAAUCCCUUCCAACUCGGGUUUCCUAACACAAAGAUUCUAAUGAGGCAUUGUCCACAUUUGCUAAUGAAUAAGUUGUUCCCUGAUUCAGACAUGGCAAACUAGAUGCUCUUUUACAGAAAAAGAGAGUGUGUGGGCAAAUACAGUACAGUAUAGAGGUACUAUAAAUAUUUUAACAUUUUUCUACCUUUUUGAAAUAAUUACUAAGAGAUGGGGUUUCCAAGAUAUGGGAGACACGGCACCUACCCUUAGGUAGUUUUCCAUCUAUCUGGGCAAACUGGAUAUACAUUGAAUAAAAACGAUCAAUACUGCAAGUUUGUAUAUACACUUGUGUUCAAGUGUAAAGAGGCAGGGUUGCUCAUGGUCUGGGUGGGGAAUAAUGG